GUAUGUCAUAUAAGCGAAAGCCUAUUGAUGACUUUUUAAAUUGACGUUAGCACGGAGAAACAACGAACAAACGAAAGAAAAAAAAAGAACGAGAAUUGAUUCACACACUGUUGACUGACAAAAUCAGUCUCCCUGAUUUACGGCACCUUAAUCAAAUCGGUUACGUUGCGUUCGUCAUCUCUACAAUUAGAAUUGGGAAGUGAGAAUUUCAUUAUCGAUUGUUGUUGUGCGUUUUUUCGACUUUUGAAACAUCACAUCAAACCACACGCUAUUGAACGCGUUGACGUAUAAUACCGAAUUGUAAUCAAAGUGAGUGUCAGUAUUUCGUUUUGGUUGAGUAGCGCAAAAAUGGAAAACAAAUCAGAAAGAUUUAUCUUUUGAAUUUUGAAUGUGUGAUAAAUGAAAGUGGUUGCGAUUAUGUGGCAUAAAAUCAGCUGUUUUGUUAAUUUUGCCGCAGCGAUAUCAAUUUAAUUGCGUUUUGUUUUUUCAUCGUUUUCAUUUCUUAGAUUACAGUGAAAUAAAAUUAUGGACGAGUAGAGGAAGAAAAGCCAAUCACGAGGUUAUUUUACACAAAAAAAAACAAAUUAUUAUUGUGCCAAAUUGAGGCGAACAUGUACAACGAAUCCAAAACCGAAUCGAAACAAUUGAUCAGUCAAUAAUAAAUAGAAACAAAGUAGAAAAUUAAUUGUGAAAUAAUUGCAUAAAAUCCCAAUAAAUAAAACAAUGAGCUUAGAGUCUAUACAAACGGAGUGGGACGAAUUGUCCAAUGAAUUUGCCGCUUUAGAGGAUACAAGCAAUGAAUACACCGAGCUACUGGAGAAACUCGAAAAAUUACAACAAAAAUGUAUGAAGGACAUUUCGCAUCAGAGAUAUCGCAUUAGUCAAAUUAGCGGCAAUCUUAAAAAAUAUGUGAGCAGCAAUGUGACUACAUCAGACGAAAAAGAUCAAGUGGCUGACCUUGAGAAAAACAUAAUAAAACGAAAAGCUCAACUAUACGACAUUGACCAAACACUUCCACAAAAGAACGGAACGUAUUUGAACAUAAUACUGGGCAAUGUGAACGUGUCGAUACUGAAUCGAAAGAGUAAAUAUCAGUAUAAGGACGAUUAUGAGAAAUUCAAAUUGAUUUUGAAUGGAAUCGGGUUGUUCAUGGCAAUCCUUAAUUUAUCAUACAAUAGCCGAAUACUUGAAUUAGCGUUUAUAUUUUUGCUAGUUUGGUAUUAUUGUACGUUGACCAUACGUGAGUCCAUAUUGAAGGUGAACGGUUCACGAAUUAAGGGCUGGUGGCGUACACAUCAUUUUAUAUCGACGGCAUGUGCUGGCGUGUUGCUGAUUUGGCCACAGGGUGAACCAUGGCAAUUGUUUCGUCAUCAAUUCAUGUAUUUCAAUGCAUACAUUUCGAUGGUGCAAUUUCUACAAUUCCGUUACCAAAAAGGUGUAUUGUAUCGGCUCAAGGCGCUGGGUGAACGCCAUGAUAUGGACAUCACAAUUGAGGGAUUUCACUCGUGGAUGUGGCGCGGAUUGAGUUUCCUCUUACCAUUCCUGUUUGCUGGCUAUUUUUUCCAAGCCUACAACUCGUAUGCUCUAUUAAAAUUGAGCUAUCAUCCGGACGCACCGUGGCAAGUGGUCGUUCUGAGUGUACUGUUCUUCAUUCUGUUUGUCGGAAACACAGUCACCACAUUACUUGUCAUACCAGAGAAAAUUCGUACACGUGUCAACGAACACUAUCGUUUGUUAGCACUCGCCAAGAAAGAGCAGAAGGAGGCCUAAAUGUUCACACCUCACAUCCACAGCCCAUUGAACAUGUUGUGUUAGUCCGAAUUUCCGACGCCGUCAGAUUAUUUAUUUAGUGGAGCAAAAAAAAAAAACACACACACAUACAAUAAUUCUUUUUUGAAACUUGUUUUAUAUAUUUUCUAUAAAUAGUAAGCUGUCGUGUUUUCAAUGAAACUCCCCCUUUUUUGUAUGAAUGAUAACGAUUGAACAUUGGAGAUGAAAUGUUAUUUGCAAGCACAAAAAAAACCACAAGACACUAGAUGAAAAGAAAAUGUUGUUGAAGAAAAGAAAAAGUAAACAAAAUGAUUUUUUCUUUCUUUCGUAAGAGAUACUUUACCUCAUGUUUUAUGGCAACUAAACUUUGUUCUAUCUAUAUAAACUGUUUUGAUACCAUACACACACACACAAAACGCUGUGUCAUCUUGAAGUUCUUUUUUCAAAGCAAAAGAAAAAGUCCACACAAAAUGCAAUGUGAUGAAUAUUGAAAUGUAGACCAGAAGACGAUGGUUCAAUUUUUCUUGGGGAGAGCCAGUUAGAUAUAUAGGAACAUAGGGAACGCAUUGUUUACCAAAAUUUCAAUGAUAACCAAUAAACUUUGGAAUUUUUUUUUCUGUUUUGUAUUUAUUUUUGUUAGAAUA